AUGGCCCUGCGCUACGUCACGGAGGCGAAGCAGUUCGGCGCCGCGCUCUGCGGCUGCCACGCAAUCUGCCGGGGCCUCUUCGGCAGCCACCUCGCGGCGCACGCCGUGCCCCAGUUCCUGGGCUUCGCGUUGCUCGCCGCCUGCGGCCUGCGGGCCUGGUUCGUCGACGGCGGCUACCUCGAGCUGGCGUCGACGCCCGGCGUGACGCGCGCGAGCGCCUUCGGCGAGCUCGCGAGCACGCUGCAGAUCCCGUUCCAGCUCUACGAGCUCGCCUGCGCUCUGGGCGUGAAGCGGCUGCGGGGCAAGUCCUUCGAGCUCGUCGCCCACCACGCGCUGGCGCUGCUGCUGGCGGUCCUGAGCGCGCGCAAGGGCCUCUACUUCUACUACGGCGCGUACUUCAUGGGCGUCUCGGAGGUGUCGAGCCUGCCCCUCGCGUUCGUCGACGCCUUCAAGAUGUUCAAGCACCUGAAGCGCGACUACCCGACGGCCAACGCCAUCGCGCGGCCGACCUUCGCCGUCUGCUUCCUCGCGCUACGGACGGUCUACUGGCCCGUCGUGUCCUACCACUUCUGGGCCGCGUCGCUCGCGCACGCCGGCGACGCCCUCGAGGUCAACACGUUCCUCGUCGUCAACAUCCUCAUGACGUCGCUCCAGGCCUACUGGACCAAGCUCAUCCUCGAGGGCCUCUACAAGCUCGUCACGGGCGACCCGACCGCGGACGACAACCAGAAGCUCCCGCCCGUGGUCCUCAAUGCGACGACGCUUCCCAUCCUCCGCGGGUCGCCGCGCUUCGCCGCCGUGCGCUUCGCGCGGGCCGGCGACGGCGGGGACCCCUUCGACGGCUACUGGCAGCAGCUGUCCUGGAGCCUGCCGCCGGGCACCGUCUGGCGCGGCGACUGCGACGCGGAGCCGAAGGCGUGCGACGCGUGCGGCGACGCCGCGGCCGUCAAGGCCUGGACGGGCGACGGCUUCGUCGCCUACCCCGCCGACGCCCCCAAGGACGGCCCGUCGCUCAUGGCCUGGCUCCAGGACCUCGACCGCGCGGCGCCGCCGCCGGGCGCGGCCUUGGACGGCGCGCCGCCGCGGGAGCCGGACAACUCGCGGCGCGUCCCCAAGGGCCGGCUCGCGCCCUGGACGGGCCAGGCGCUCCCGGCCCUGGUCUUCCGGCCGACGGCCAAGCCCGACGCCGCGGCCAAGAAGCGCAGGCGCACGCCCACGCUGCUCUACUUCCACGGCGGCAACGACGGACCGGAGUACGCCGCGAAAUUCCAAUCCGUGGCCUACUACCUCGACACGGACAAGCAGUUCGCCAAGGCCUUCCCCUUCCUCUUCCUCCAGCCCUGCACGGAAUGCCAGCGCGACCGGACCAUGGUCCAUCGGGGCAACUUCCUCUACGCCGCGGAGGACGCGACGAAGCGACCGGCGUUCGGCGAAGUGGGCUUCACGAACCGCAACCUCGUGCGCGUGGACCGCGUCCUGGACGCCGCUCUCGAAAAGUUCCAGGGCGACCCGAAGCGCGUCAUCCUCACGUCGACGUCCUACGGCGGCCGGGGCCUCUACCACUACGCGGCCAGGCGACGGGGCGUCUUCGCGGCUCUGGUCCCCAUGGCCGCGUCGCUCUACCCGACGCCGAGCCUCGCGAGAAGCCUCUGCUGCCCGUCGGGCGCGCCGGAGUGCUGCCCGGCCGUGCGCCACUUCGUCGGGGCCAACGACCGGCCGCUCAUGGUCGGAGGCCACGACCUGUGCCACGACGCGUGGGACCGCGAGUACAAAAGCCAGAAGCGGCGCAAGACGGCCUACGCGUACACGAAAUUCCCCUGGGCGCCGCCGCCGCGCCAGUCGGACUACGCCUACAUGACGGGCCACGCGCCGGACCGCCUCGCGUGGCUCGCGAACGCGAGUCUGAUCGAAUGGAUGCUCGACGUCGACUGCGACGCGUGCGCGGGCGCGGCGCCCUACUCGGAGGCGCUGCUCGCCAUCGACGAGGUCGUCGUCGAACCGCCCGCCGUCGCCGGGCCGGCGACGCAGCUCCACGGGGCCGUCAAGUUCGGGACCCUGGAGGACGUGCGGGCGUUGGUGGACGCCGGCGCGGACCUCGCGGCGCGCGACGCGGGCGACAAGGAGCGCACGCCGCUCCACGUCGCCUGCCACCUCGCGCGCGACGACGUCGUGCGACUCCUCGUGGACCGCGGCGCGGACCUCGACGCGCGGGAGGUGCGGGGCUGGCGUCCCCUCCACGAAGUCGCGCACGCGGGGGGCCUCGCGACCGCGAGGUACCUCCUCGACGCGGGCGCGGACCUCGACGCGCGCGCCGACGGCGGCUGGCACGCGCUCCACCAGGCGUCGGGCAACGGCCAUCCAGACUUGGUGCGGCUGUUCCUCGACGCGGGCGCGCGCGCGGACGUGCGGGCGGAAAAUACGAUGGAGCCGAUCCACGCGGCCCUGCAGAUGGUGAAGCCGAAGGUCGCCGCGCUGCUGAUCCCGGCCCUCGACGGCGUCGUCGACCUGCGCGGCUACACGGUCGGCGAGCAGGGCAUCCUGGCCCUCGCGGCCGCGCUGGGGACCGCGAAAGCGACGGCGAUCUCCAUCGCGAACGCGGGCUUCGGGCGCGAGGGCCUCGCGGCCCUCGUGGAGGCGCUCCAGGACCAGCCCGCGCUCGCGAAGUUGGACGUGACGCUCAACAACCUCCCGGGGCAGGCCGGGCCCAUGCUCGCGCGGAUCCUCGACGGCGCGCCGGCGCUCGAAUUCCUGGAAGCGUCGGGCAACGGCCUCGGGGACGCGGGCGUCGCGGCGCUCGCGCCGGCGGUCGAGCGCCACCCCUCGCUGGCGCUCCUCGGGCUCCACAAGAACCAGCUCGGCGAUGCCGCGGCCGCGGCGCUCGCGGCCGCGCUCGCGAGCGGCGCGCCCGCGCUCGCGUACCUCGGCCUGAACAUGAACAGCGUCGGCGACGACGGCGCCGCGGCCCUGGCGGAAGGCCUGCCCCGGUUCAAGGCGCUCUCGACGCUCAAGCUCGACAACAACGCGCUCCACGGCGGCGUCGCCGCGCUCCGCGCCGCGGCCGAGGAGCUCCCGCGCGCGCUCGAGCUCCACGUCGACGGCAACCCGGGCGUCGGCGGCGGCGCGAGCAUGCGGCCGGAGCUCUAGUUUAAGUCGUUGCUCG